CACGUUAAUCCAGCCGGCCGGGCGUGGGAGGCCAAAAAGUAUUUUAUUGGGUCUUGCGGCCGCAGCUAUCGAUUACCAGUGACGUCUAGUGUGUUGCUAUUGCCCCUCUCACCUCACCCCACCUACCCAACAAAACACAAUCUCUUCUCACCCAGCCUCCACAUCAGUUCCAAAUUCCCUUUAUAAGACAUAACAAUCUAUUCAUCAUGGUUGUCAAGGUCGGUAUCAACGGAUUCGGUCGCAUUGGCCGUAUCGUCUUCCGCAAUGCCAUCGAGCACAAUGACGUCGAGAUCGUUGCCGUGAACGACCCCUUCAUUGAGCCUCACUACGCCGCAUACAUGCUCAAGUAUGACAGCACACACGGCCGCUUCAACGGCGAGGUCAAGGUCGAGGGCAACAACCUCCUCAUCAACGGCAAGACCAUCCGCUUCUACACCGAGAAAGACCCCGCCAACAUCCCAUGGGGCGAGACCGGUGCGUUCUACGUCGUCGAGUCGACUGGUGUUUUCACCACAACCGAGAAGGCCAAGGCCCACUUGAAGGGUGGCGCCAAGAAGGUCGUCAUCUCUGCACCCUCGGCCGAUGCUCCCAUGUUCGUUAUGGGUGUCAACAACGAGACCUACAAGUCGGACAUCGAGGUGCUCUCCAACGCCUCUUGCACAACCAACUGCCUUGCUCCCCUCGCCAAGGUCAUCCACGACAAGUUCACCAUCGUUGAGGGUUUGAUGACCACUGUCCACUCCUACACAGCCACCCAGAAGGUCGUCGAUGGCCCAUCCGCCAAGGACUGGCGUGGUGGCCGCACUGCUGCUCAGAACAUCAUUCCCAGCAGCACUGGUGCCGCCAAGGCUGUCGGCAAGGUCAUUCCUGACCUCAACGGCAAGCUCACCGGCAUGUCGAUGCGUGUCCCCACCGCCAACGUCUCUGUUGUUGACUUGACUGUCCGCAUCGAGAAGGGUGCUACUUACGACGAGAUCAAGGAGGCCGUCAAGGAGGCUUCUGAGGGUCCCCUCAAGGGCAUACUCGGCUACACCGAGGACGAGGUCGUUUCCUCUGACAUGUGCGGUGAUGACCGUUCUUCAAUCUUCGACGCUAAGGCCGGUAUCUCCUUGAACAAGAACUUCGUCAAGCUUGUUUCGUGGUACGACAACGAGUGGGGUUACUCCCGCCGUGUCCUCGACCUCCUGGUGUACAUCGCCAAGGUCGACGGAAACGCUUAGGAAACAGCCAGGAGCCAGGCUAUACCAAAACUCUAAGAUCCGAGCAGAAAGCUCAAAGACGAUUGGGGCUUAGAGGAUGAUGGUAUCUCUUCCGUGCAAAACAUUUGCCGGGAAGAACAUAUGCAAGGUUUGCGGACCAGUGUAUUUAUGGUAGUCAUGAAUCAAUGAGAACAAUUGUCAAAACACAUCAAUUUACUACACAU